AUGCUCGGACUCGACGCCUACGAGAGCAGUAGCGAGGAUGAGGUGCAGAUUCAAAAGCCCUCACCAGAGUCAGAAAAGCAGCCGCUCAAGGAGGAUACUCAACCUCAGCGCAUCGCUCCUACACCUUUGAAAGAUCCGCGAUCGAGCUUGAGUAGCGAGGCCGCCCCAAGCGGCCCCGUCCUUGGACCAGUGUCCAUGGAUAGUCAAACCCCAAGUGAUCGCUCGCCUUACUCGACAUCUCGGGCUCUGGUUCAUGAUUUGACUCUUCCUCCAGUUCCUAACCUGGAUAUUCCGCCUUCGCCGCCUGGGUCUCCAGACCCUGCCGCGAAUGCCAAGUUCCAGCAUUUUCUUUCUCUCAAACAUCAAGGUGUUCAUUUCAAUGCAAAGCUUGCUACCUCUUCAUCUCUCAAGAAUCCUAGUCUUCUCCGGAAGAUGAUGCAGCAUUCUGGAAUCGAAGAGCAAGCACAGCACGAAACAUCUCUACCAGGGGACUUAUGGGAUACUUACGCUUUUCCACGUUGGGGCUUCAAAGACGAGCUUCUAAAGACUCAGCAAGAAAUUCGAAACAAAAUUGAGGCCCGAAGGAAUAAUGAACAAAGGUCAUCAAUCCAGUUUGUCUCUGCGUCGAAUGACAAGCCUAAGAGCAGCGUAUGA